CCAUAUCCACGCCAAAAACAGGUAGUAUGUCAUUUUCUGUCUGCAAAAUUGUAGCAGAGAUUUCCAAAACAAUCCCAUUGCUCGUGGUGUGUUUUUACUAUGUAUUAUUCCCACUGCACCAUUGCUUUACUUCAACUUCCCUCUCGCCUAAUUUUUCUUGGCAUCUGCUGUUAGAGAAUCAGGUGGUGAACCAACAGAACCCUUAACGGCCGAAAACUCUUCACCUCCCUGCUCCGGAGCCCUUCCGCGAUGGCCUCACAGCCUCCGGCCAGCCCCGAUCGGGGCUCUGGGCCACCUCUGGAGCCAACCUCUCAUUAAGGGCUAAACGCCGCCGCAAUACCGAGACUCAGCCACUCCGGCCCAGCCUCGCGGGAAGCCAGCCUAACACCUUCAAUCCAGCUCCCCUAACACCAAGAUCAAGACCGCCUACAACCAACGGCCAAGUGACUAUCCGGAACAAGCGGCCCCGCAACCGGCCCUAGGACCGGACGCCCGGACCAGGUUGAACCCAGGAGAACCAACCGAGCUGGAGCAGGUCCCCGACGAAGAAGAUCCAGAAGAGGCCUAACCCGAUAGCUACCCAGGAAUUGGAGACGAUCACGGUAGCUGCGGAGAGCUCACGACCGGACACCACGAGAAGGUCUGCCAUGUCGUCCUACUGCUUUUUCAAGCAGCAUCCAGUGCGGCUAUCAUCCUCCGGCUACACACUUGUUGCCAAAGGCGUUGAGAGGGUUGACCUUGGUCGCCUACGACACGAGAACGACUUAUACGAUCGAUUGCAGCCCAUCCAGGGGACACAUGUACCGGUAUGCCUCGGUAGUGUGGAUCUAGUCCUCCCAUACUACUACGACAGUGAUGUCUUUGAGCACUUCUUGUUCCUCAGCUGGGCUGGACUGCCUCUGUUUGACUUCAUCAACCGAACUACCAAGGUCGAUAUUGUGAAUAAGGUUACGGAAGCUUACAAGAGAAUCCACAGGCUGCACAUUCUUCACCAUGAUGCGGAGCCGCGCAACAUCAUGUACGAUCCAAAAAGUGGCAACGUCAUGAUUGUGGAUUUCGAGCGGGCCGAGUUCCGUAGUCGUCAACCCCUAGGCCCACUCGGCCCUAACGCUCAGAAUCAGAGGAAGCGACGGAGAACACAGAAGCAAGGAAAGGAUGAUUUCGAGAAAGAACAGGAAUCUGUAACUGGAAGCUUGUUGAGGCUGAUGAAAUGAAGCCUAGGGCAUCUGAAUUCAAUUUUGACAGGGCUUCUUUGACUGCAGACCCGCCUCAGGCAUUUGCAUCCAAUCGGAUGAUCCGCAUAGAUACAC